ACAAACACACACACACACACACACACACACACACGCAGGACAGGGCUCACUAGCGGCGGUCGGGUGAAUGUUUACCGAGCAAGCAUAGAGUGGUGGUGCGGAAAGUGACAGUCACACUGGAGCCUUGGUGUAUGGUGAAACACAGGUGAUUUCUGCUUCCACGGUUGCAUUUUACAGCGGAAUGUUCACUCGAAGGGGGCAUGGGGACGUCAAGAAAUCUACACAGAAAGUUCUGGACCCAAAGAAGGAUGUUUUGACCCGACUGAAGCACCUGCGGGCGCUGAUAGACAUCAUUGACAAGAGUGAACUAAAGGCAUUCUUUGAAAGCAACUGCUCACAGAUUUAUUUUAUCUUCUAUGAAAAUUUCAUUACACUGGAAAGCAGCUUAAAACAAAAAGGGAACAAAUCUCAAAGGGAAGAGCUGGACUCUAUCCUCUUUAUUUUUGAAAAAAUUCUUCAACUUCUACCUGAGAAAAUCUACAACAGAUGGCAAUUUCACAGUAUAGGUUCUAUUCUGAAAAAACUUCUGCACACUGGAAAUUCAUUUAAAAUCCGCUGUGAGGGGAUCCGUCUCUUCCUGCUGUGGCUUCAGGCUCUACGGGACAAUUGCGCCGAGGAGCAGUUCCUUAUCUUUGCCUGUCUGGUUCCGGGAUUCCCUGCUGUUCCCUCCUCCAGAGGACCCUGCACGCUUGACACCAUCAUUAACAACCCAUUUUCCAACACCCUAGAAGCUAAGGUAGUGCCAGAGGAGAUCACCCCUUUGGUUCCAGCUGUGUCUGGAGAGAAGGUUGCAGAGGACCUGACUUGUUACUUUCUUGAAACGCUGCUCAAGUACAUGGUUAUCCAGGCAUCCAGUUUAGAAUGGAAGAACAAAGAGAACGAAGACACGGGCUUCAGAUUUCUCUUCAGUCUUUUCAAGAAGUACUAUCUUCCACAUCUAUUCCCCUCUUUCACCAAAUUCACAAAUCUUUAUAAGCCUUUGUUAGAACUCCCCCCGCUCAGACCGAAACCCUUGUAUGUGCCGGUGACAAGGAACAAUGAGAGCACUUUCUGCACCAGGGAUCAGUACUUGGCACCUAGGGUGGCCUUCAUCACCUGGCUGGUCACUUUCUUCCUGGAGAAGAAGUACGUCAACAGUGCUGCUGCAGCGCAGAGCGCCAAGAACGGCACUGAGGUCAUUCCCAAACUCAUCCAGACUGUCACUGCAGGCAGUAGCAGCCAGGAGAAGGAAAAAGAUAAGAUUGCUGAUGGGGAUACUAGCGGACCACCAGGGGAUACAGAAAAGAGCCACUCUAACAGCAGCACGUUGUCUGAUCGAAGGCCCAGUGAUUCCAGUUUGUGUAGCAUUGAGGAGGAGCACAAGCAUGUCUACGACAUGGUGCACUGCAUUCUGCUGUCCACCAGGGACAAUGUUAAUUUUGUCAAUGAAGUCUUCCACCAGGCCUUCUUGUUGCCUGCUUGUGAAGCCUCAGCAACCAGGAAGGUUAUCAAAGUGUACAGAAAGUGGAUCCUGCAGGAAAAGCCCACCUUCAUGACCGAGCCUGACCCAACCACCCAGGAAGAUGAAGUGGAUGAAAACUCAGAGCGUGUUCUCAGCACAGAUGCAAGCAUCAUGCAUGUAAAAGCGUUUGAGAGUCAUGGUCACAAACGCUCGUCAAGCUGGGGAAGGACUUACUCGUUCAGCAGUGCCAUCAAUCGGGGUUUUCUCACAGAGGAGCAGAAUAGAGACGUUAAAGCUGGCAUGCAGCCCACACUACAGGUUUUCCUGACCAACUCAUCCAACGUGUUCCUGUUGGAGCCAUGCCAGGACAUUCCGAAACUCCUGGAAAAUCAGGUUGAAGUGUGCAAGAAUGUUCUCAGCAUUUAUCGGCACAUGAUCAUGGAGCACAGCAUGACUACACAGACGUGGGAGCAGAUGCUGCAGGUGCUACUGAAGAUCACAGAGGCAGUAAUGAAGAGGCCACAAGAAAACCAAAGAAAAGACAGUUUUGCUGAAAGUUUAGCAUCCUUACUUUUUAGGACUAUUAUUGUGGCGUGGGUUAGGGCAAACCUCAGCGUAUUUAUAUCUCGGGAGCUGUGGGACGAGCUGCUGGCAGUGCUGUCUUCUCUUACCUGCUGGGAGGAGCUGGUGAUGGAGUGGGCUGGCAUCAUGGACUCGCUGACGGCUGUGCUGGCACGCUCUGUUUAUGGCCUGGACAUGGCCAACUUGCCUUUAGACAAACUCAGCGAACAGAAGGAGAAAAAGCAACGAGGACGUGGGGUUAUCCAGGACUCCCAGAAGGCGGCUGCAGUUGCACGCUCAUUCUCACUGAGCUGGAGAAACCACGGAGAGCAGGGUGGGCCGGGAGCCCAGGAGCCAAUGAGGAUUCGCUCUGCCACUACCUCAGGAGCCCCCGGUGUGGAGAAAGCCCGGAACAAUGUCCGCCAGAAGGCCUCCGCUAAGCGAAGCCAGUCCAUCAGCAACUGUGUCCAUCUUUACGAGGCUUUGCCCACUACUAAAAGUGUUCCUAUGCUGCUCCACACUGUGAGCUCUUUCUUGCCUGGUAUCUCUUCUGGUAAUUCUGCUUGCUCUCAUAGACUCUCAGAUGUAGAAGAAUGUCAGCUCUCAGAAUGUGGAGGAGAAGAGGAGAUGGGGGGCAGGGAGAGUCCUCUGCAGCGGAGCAGCAGCACCUCAGACAUCACCCAGCAGCUGUCUGACUCUUUACCAGCCCAGAAGAGAGACUACUCCCCCACUUCUUGUGGUUCUGAGGGCAGGACUGAGAGCAUAGAGCCACCAGUGAUAUUGAUCCGACGGAGCAGCAGCCCAGCAGAGACAGAGUCGAGCACUGACGGACCCCCAACCUACACAAGACACAAACUCAGAGAUAAAAGUGAAAGUGUGAGUAGCGAGACAUCCAACGGCUACCUCAAUGAGGCUGAAGUUACGUGGCAAACAUUCGACGAGGAGGCCGACACUCAGUCCACGCAGUCGGCUCACAUGGAUGUUACAGCUGACCCCCAGAACCAAGGCAGUUUGCUGCUCAGCCACAAUGACGCUCUAGCAGGUCCUGAGUGUGCCCUCCUUCCCCACUCUGCUCCUCCCUACCUCCACAAUUACCACUACCCCCAGAAUCCCCCCUCCUCACCGGCCCUGCUGGUGCACGCCGAGUGCCCGCGGGACUGUCCCCUGGAUGACACCAUGCAUCAGUCUGUCUUGCACAUGCCACACCACUUGGACAGCAGUGAGUGUCUUGCCGAUGAUGUCAGCAUCAUCGCUGGGGGGACGCUGACUGGUUGGCAUCCUGAUUCUGCUUUUGUCCUGUGGAGGAGGAUUUUGGGUAUUUUGGGAGAUGUCAAUAACAUCCGAUGCCCUAAGAUCCAUGCCAAGGUUUUCUCCUAUCUCUAUGAUCUCUGGCACAAGCUGGCCAAGAUCCGGGACAAUCUGGGGAUCAGCGUGGAUAACCAAUCCUCUCCUCCCCAGCCUGUGUUCAUCCCUCCUCUUCGAAUGCUAGCAUCAUGGCUCUUCAGGGCAACCAUGCUCCAAGCAGAGUACAAGGCUGGCAAACUGCAGGCAUACAAGCUGAUCUGUGAGAUGAUGACCAGACACCAAGACGUUCUCCCCAACAGUGACUUCCUGGUGCACCUGUACCACGUCAUGCACAAGGGCUUCACCAGCGAUGACCAGGACGUUUUGAAUACCAUCGUCCGCUCCUGCUCGCCCCGCUUCUUCUUCCUUGGUCUACCAGGUUUCACGAUGCUGCUUGGAGAUUUUAUCACUGCUGCUGCCCGUGUCCUUUCUUCUGACUCCAAAGAGGCUCCAAGGAUAGAGGCUCAGACAAUCUUGGGCUCCCUUGUGUGUUUCCCCAACCUGUACCUCCAGAUUCCUGUUCUGCACUGUGUGUCUGGCUCUAAUGACGUCAGUGUAGGCAAUGAGGAUAUCAAGAAUUAUCUGGUUAAAAUUCUUCUGGAUGCAGCCACAAAAGAAUAUUAUGAAGGAGCAAGGUGCAUUGCUGUAUGCAGCCUGGGCCUGUGGGUGUGUGAAGAGCUCACGCAAAACAACAUUCACCACCUGGUUAAAGAUGCCAUCAAUGUUCUGGGAGUAACACUAAAGUUUGGAAACAAAGUAGUGGCCCAAGUCGCCUGUGACAUGUUUCAGCUGCUGAUUUCUCACUGGGAACGACUCCAGAGGCUGGAUCCAACUCUUCCCAAGAAGAUAAUUGAGAUCUUUGUGGCUACAAUAGCCUUUUUGUUGCCAAGCGCAGAGCACUCGACAGUGGAAGCAGACAAAAAGAUGAUGGUUUCGCUGCUACUUUGCUUGCUGGACUGGUGUAUGGCUGUUCCCCUGAGUCUGCUGCUAGAACCCAUCACCAAGUCGUCUUUGGAGCCCCACUCACCCAGCAAGGCACCGCUCCUGGACUACAUCUACAGGGUGCUUCACUGCUGUGUGUCCGGCUCCAACCUGCACACCCAGCAGAGCCACUACCUGCUCAGUCUGUCGGACUUAUCCAACGAAUACGACCUGAUGUUGGGUCAGGUGAAGAGCUUCGAGCCACCACCCUCCCAAAUGACCACAGCAGACUUUGGCAACCUGUUGACAGUAGCUGAGGAGAAGCGCCGUCGAAACAUGGAGCUCAUCCCUUUGACGGCGCGGAUGGUCAUGACUCAUCUGGUGAACCAUCUUGGCCACCAUCCCCUCAGCGGUGGCCCGGCUCUCCUUCACAGCCUUGUGAGCGAAAACCAUGACAACCCGUAUGUGGAGUCAUCCGAGCUGUCUUCUGAGGUCUUUAAAAGCCCCAACCUGCAGCUGUUCGUCUUCAACGACAGCACACUGGUGUCCUACCUUCAGAUCCCAGCCGAGGCGCCCACCGCAGGUCAACCCCCGCACCCUUCCUCCCAAGUUCGCAUCAUCGUCCGAGACAUUUCAGGAAAGUACUCUUGGGAUGGAACAAUUCUGUACUGCACUGCGCAGGACGACCCUGAUGUGGCUGCUUUCCAUCCAGCCGACCCGCCUCUUUCAAAAACCUCCAAUACACACGGCAGAAAUCAGCCAACCUCGCCUCUGAAAGGACAUUACAAAACUCCCUGCUCCGUCUCAGACUCCUUCUCUAACUUCAGUGAAGAGGACGAGGUCGAUGUGCUGGAUAAGCUUUUGGAGGACCUUGGCCACAGCAGCCCAGAAUGCCUCCCUCAGCCACGACUCCAGCUCAAUCAGCCAGCCCCGUCACCUCAUGGCAUGAACCUGGAACAAGAGAACGCUAUACUGGGGGCCAUUCUCCGUCAGACUCAGCAAGAGGAGGAGCAAGUCAGGAAGUGGGAUGCUGAUGUAAGCUUCCGGGCUGCCUGCCAGAGGGAACCCUCCCACCAGGAACCAAAAGCUCCUUUCUAUUUCUGCAGACUGCUUCUUAAUGAUCUGGGCAUGAACUCAUGGGAUCGCAGAAAAAGCUUCUACUUGCUGAAGAAAAACUCUAAACUUCUAAGAGAGCUGAAGAACUUGGAUUCCAGGCAGUGCCGAGAGACACACAAAAUUGCUGUGUUCUACAUCAGAGAAGGCCAGGAAGACAAGUGCUCCAUCUUGUCGAACUACGCAGGCAGUCAGGCCUAUGAAGACUUUGUAUCUGGACUGGGAUGGGAGGUGGACCUGGCCACACACUGCGGUUUUAUGGGAGGACUCCAAAGGAAUGGCAGCACAGGUCUAACAGCUCCCUAUUACGGUUCCUCCACUGUAGAAGUCAUAUUCCAUGUAUCCACGCGGAUGCCGUCUGAUUCUGAUGACUGUCUCACCAAAAAGCUGCGUCACUUGGGCAACGAUGAGGUGCACAUCGUGUGGUCCGAGCACACCAGGGACUACCGUUGUGGCAUCAUCCCAACUGACUUUGGAGACGUGCUCAUUAUCAUCUACCCAAUGAGGAAUCACAUGUAUUUCAUCCAGAUCAUUAAGAAGCCUCAGGUUCCUUUCUUUGGACCUCUGUUUAAUGGCGCCAUCGUCACCGGGUUGCUGUUGCCAAGUUUGGUACGAGCCACUUGUAUCAAUGCCAGCAGAGCUGUCAAGUCCCGGCUGACUCUCUACCAGAGCUUCUACGAGGAGCGAGCACUCUACUUGGAGGCCAUUGUUCAGAACCACAGAGAGGUCAUGACCUUUGAAGACUUUGCUUCGCAGGUCUUCUCUCCCUCCCCUGCCUAUUCUGCGAGCGGAACAGGAUCCCUCACUGGCAGCGUGAGCCCCGAAGGUGGGAAUCCGACGGCGGACUCGGCCGAGCAGGUGUCUCCCACCCUGCCCCGUUCCACCAAACAGAGAGUUUCGGGAAAACUCCGCAGAUCAGCGAGCGCUAUAAGCAAAUCUUCAAACUAAACUCCUCAGCCUGUCACCCGUCCUCAAGAGUGAAGCCUUGAAUCUGCUGUGGAAGAACCUCAAACACCCUGCCGGGACUGCAAGAUUGUUUUAUUUUUGUCGUUUUGGUUUUUUUUUUUCUGUUUUUUUUUUUUUUUUUGUCGUAUGAACAUUAAUUUGAGUGUGGUGUCAUUGUUAAUUUAAGUAGCUAUUGAUGAUUUUUUUUGUCUCUACAUUUCAGUUUGCUUUACUGGCUUAAUUGAGACAGGCACGAGACUAAAACCAUGUUCAUCAUAGGAAGACUUAAGAGUCUUAAUGCAAAUCUGAUCCAAGUGUGACUUUUAUUCCAAGACUCUAGAGCUCUCUGAAAGCGCUAGAAAAACUGAUGUUCUUACUAUAGUAAGGAAAUGGGAGGCUGCUGCAAGCCGUUUCAUUGUCAGAUAAUUCAACACUUUAUGUAAAGCACUGAAUGACAGUUUGUGCUAAACUUGCACAGGAGAUUGGUGUACUUUUAGAUAUUUGUCUUUUACCUCUUUUUGCACCCGCCACUGCCUUCCUACGCCAGUGACUCCACAUUAGGUCAGGUCUCAAGCUCUUGUCCUCGUGUGUAGCACCAGUUCAUUCAACGUUUGUGGAAGACUGAUUGCAUUUUCGGAAACUUUUCCCAGUGGAUACGUACGCCAUGCACUACCACACAUGGGCACAUAGUCUCUGCACUGUCCGAGUUAGGUUUUUUUUUUUUUUUUCUGUUUUUUUCUCCACCCCCCAUCGUACAAUCGAUGGCAUCCUUCGAACUUGAAAUGAAAUUUGUUUUUUUUUGUUUUUUUACCAUUCUCAUUUUCCACUUUAAAUGGAUUCCAAUAGAUUUUGUCACCGUUUGAUUUAUGCAACUCUGCUGGAAUGAGAAAAGACCACGUUUAUAAUCGUUAUAUGAUGUCAUUAACCUGGGCUUAUGUCCGGUAAUUGGAUAAGUUUCCUCCUGUCUCUUUCCUCCGCCAUCAGUUUGCCCUGUCCUGUGAUGACACUGACAUUCCAACAUUCCCAACCUACCGGUGUGUUUUGCACUCGCUCAUCAUUAGCAUUGAAUGUUCCUCUUUUGCCGAGUUUGUUUGGGAUUCAAGUUGCUUUCAUUUGUUUGUUUUUUUCUUCUGCAUUUGCUAAAUUGAAUGAAUUGAUUAAUCAUUUUGUUGUUGUAAUAUGAAUCCUGUGCUGUUUAGAGGAAAAAAACGCCAGACCCUCAGGUGAAACUUUACUCCAUGCACUGGUGUGUGUGUGUGUGUGUGUGUGUGUGUGUGUGUGUGUGUGUGUGUGUGUGUGUGUGUGUGUAUGCGUGUGUGUGUGUGUGUGCGUGUGUGUAUAUAUAUGUGUGAUGUAUGUGACAGUUUAGUGUUUUCAUGUACUCGAUUCUCUCUUAUGAAGCUUCUCACAAUAUCUGUGUAAUAAGAAAUGCCGAUAGAUCUAGAGAUGCACCAACAUGAGCUUUGUGGCUGAUUUUAUCACUUCCAGAUUUUUCUUCAAGAUCUAUGAUACAAUAGCCUUCAAAGUAUUUUUUCUAUUCUUCCGGCUUUGACUGGUUGCUGUAAAACAGGGUUGAGGUUGAACUUCUUUUUGUUUUUUUAGAGAAAGGCCAAAUGAUUUAUUUGACAUUUAAAACUGGCUUUUCAGACUUGAAUGAGCAAUUAGCACAGUUGGUACACCUAGCAUUACUAAAACAGCGGACUCCGUGUAUAUUUCAAGAGAAUGUAGAUCCUUAACCCAAAUUUAACAAUGCAGCCAGCUUAUAAGAUAUGAUGAUAUACGUCUGGUUCUUGAAAAUCGGAUUAUGUUUUAAAACAUUUUUGGAAGGAAAAGCUAAAAAUCCAGUUUUUCUCAUUUUCAUUCAUUUCAAACUGUGUUUUAAAGAGUCGCUCUUUGCUAUAGAAUAAUCCGGUUCAGGUUUGAGGAGUUGUUUAUUAAUAAAGUCUAGACUCCAAAGUUAAGUUGCCCUUUAUUUAUCACCAGAGAUGAUUCAAAGUAGGUUGUAGUUUUAGCUUUGCUAACGGCUAAUUAUUAGCUAGUCGCAGUGUUCUGUCAUUCCUCUUAAAUCUGUCCAUCUGCCACAUAUUACUACCUGAGUACCUGGUCUCUUCACAGCUGGUUUAACCAAAUGUUAUUGGUCAGCCUGACAUCUUUAUUAGGCAACUCUUUUAACACUGAAGAACUGCUUCCUUUUUAGCUUCAAAAUUAGAACUGCAAACAUAUGUACUGGGGGACACUUAUAGUCAUUGUUAUAUUCUGAUAGCACUUGGAUAAUGCUACUCGAGACUGGCUUCACUGCGAGGAGAAAUAGUGUCAAUUUAUUGUACACAAAAUCUUAUUGCCCUGCUGCAUAUACUUUCCAAGUCACCACAUCCAUGACAGACAGUGGUUGAAAGCUCAAAGGUAUAAAACAAGCAACUUUUCCAUUUUCCAUUUAGCCUUCCUGUUAUCUGCUGAAAGGUUUGCACUCUUGCACGCUCUCUUAGCUUAAUAUAAUGGAAACUACAAAUCACUUAUGCCUGUGCCUCCUAUGACUUCAUUACUAAAGAACUUACCAAGACUGAAAAUGGCCAAUUUUGAGUCGUCUUUGUUCAGUAACAGUAUUCACACCAAAGUGUGGCGUUGCUAGAUGUGACCCACUAGAAAAUAAGGUUAAUUUUGAUGGGCUGCUUCAGCUGAAAAUUUCUGGAAAAGCUCAUUUCUUGGUGCUUCUCUAAAUUUAAGGCUUCUUUUUCCACCGUGUUGAAUAUUGUCUGAUCAUCUCAUUGGUAUAAUUGAUCCUUCUCCUCCAUCAUCUCUAAACAUCCAUGUCUUGUGCCUCCCACAAAAACAACAGAUGGAUUUAGGAUUUUUUUUUUUUUCCUAAGCAUCUUGCUCCAUCUUCAUCUCAAUGUAGUGUAACCAACUCCUGCUCUUUCCCAUGAUCCUCUCUGUCUCCAUGUGUCCUCCUGAGGCCCCCGGCUGCUUAGGAAGGGGUUGAGUUUGGGUUUAGGUGGCGUACCAGAGCUGAACUCUCACCAGACCUCUUAGCAACAGCCAGGCCAGCAGCGCUAACAAACCUGCACGCUCGUGGUUGUUAUGGCAGCCAGGUGUCCAACCCCCCCGCCCCCACCCCUCUCUUCCCUCCACCCUCCAGCACUCACACUGUACACUCACACUUUCUGAGAGCUCCACCCAAGCUGCAACACUAUCCCCAUCUGUUGCACUACUAUGCCUUACCGUCUUUCUCCAAGAUCUCACCUCCUUUUGUUUGCUCAUUCCUACAGCAGAAUAUGGGGAAUCCAAACAGCUGGGGGUCUCGCAGAAAUAUUGCCGUGCUUUUUAUUUGGUUGUCUUUAUGAAGAAUGUAUGAACAUAUAGGCCUGGAUCGCAACCGUGGUUUUUGUUUUUCCCCCCAAAGUCUCUCGAAGGAAAAACCCGCUGUGUGGAUCUAAAGAUUGUAGCUUGUAGAAUAAUGUGUUUUGAAGGGAUGUUUUACUCCUCUUUUAGUGGCUUAGUCGCUGGAGGUGUUCGGACCAAGAUUGUGUGUCUUAUAUUUGUGAAGAAAAUGAGUUAGUUCUUAGACGUGUUAUUUUCCUCUUCUCGUUUUAGAAAUCCUUGUACAUUGUGUCAAUUUCAGGGGCCUCAUUGCCCUCUUAAUAUAAAUAUAUUAAUGCCUGUAAUAUAAUCUUUGUAUAAGAAAGCAAAAAAAACAAAAAAAGCUUGAAAUUUUCAUCAUUUGUCAACAUAUCAAAACUGUUUUUAAUGACCGAGGUCCUGCUAUCUUCACUGGAAAUGUGACAAUUGAAACAUUUCAUUAAAUCGUUUUUAAAAUUCUA